AUGGGAGUUGAAUAUUGGAGAAACACCCUGCUGCUGCUGUCUGCCCUGAUCCUGGCAGCCAAAUUUCAAAGGUGGGGAGGCUUCCAGGAGAAGUCCGUGAGCAAGAAAAACAUGAAUUCAACACUAAAAUUCUUCAUUGAAAACUACAACAAUGUGAGCAAUGACAUGUACUUAUUUCAAAUAGACAAGCUACUUCAAAGUCAUAUGCAGCUGACAACAGGAGUGGAGUAUCUGGUCACCGUGAAGAUUAGCCGGACCAAGUGCAGGAAGAACAGCACAAAAAGUCGUUCAUGCCCCAUUCAAAGCGGGAAGAAUUUGAAAAAGAGUUUCAUUUGCAAUUUUUUGAUGUACACUGUACCCUGGAUGAACUAUUACCAACUUUGGAACAACUCCUGUCUGGAGGCCUAA